ACAGCCUCAGGAGUCAGGCUUUCCCCGGACGGUGCACCGCGCAUCAUUCAAAGAGAGAAUCUCGACGGGGAUAAACGAGUCAAUCGGGUUUCGCGGCGAGCCAAGGAGAAUGGAUAGCCAAGCUCAUACUGUUACAAGCGCUCCCACCGCCGGCGACUCCGUCGGGAUCCAUCAGAGGUCUCCACUGCGAGCAGACUGGCCUACCGUUGACGGCCCGCUGGGGCUCUCGGAGCAAGAUUCAAUUGGAUACGCCCGCAGGUUCUUCAGAUUCGGGUUCGUGCUACUCCCAUGGCUUUGGGCCGUCAACUGCUUCUACUUCUGGCCAGUUCUUCGCCGCCCUACUUCUCAUUUCCACCCCGAUCUUCGUCGCUAUGUGGUUGGAUCAGCUAUUGGAUUUGCAGUAUUCAGCGUUAUUCUUUGUUCAUGGGCUAUUACCUUUGCUGUAGGAGGAGAGAAUCUAUUUGGGAAUUCUUGGAAUGAGCUGGUAAUGUACAAUAUUGCCGACAAAUAUGGAUUGACUGGCUGGAUGUAGUAGAUAAUGUACUUGCUUCUUAACUAUGUGAGUGGAACUUUCGUCACUCUCCUGCAAGAUCUAGACUGAUUUCUCAGUUCUUAUCUUACUCUAAUUUCUCAGUUGCUUUGUAAAUUGCAAUCGUUUUUGUACCAUGAGAGAUCGUCACAUCUUCUAUAUACAUUUUCUUGUUCCUACCCAUUUUAGGCUAUGAGAUCGUUUACUUCGUAGCUUAUUAAGUUCUGCUUUAGUAGGCUUG